UCUAUGAGGACUCUUCCACAACCACCCUGACUUGCAUGGGCAUACAUGAGAAUGCCAGUCAUGAUGCCUUCAACACAGAUUUUUACACAAGUAACACUUCGGCCAGCGGAGAGGAAGACCUCAGCAGUGAAGAAGAUGAGCUCCACACAGAGAAUUCUACUACAAGCAUGUGGGAUGUGGACAUUUCAGAGAAUGAAGAAGCCCUGUCAUAUUCUGAAGACGACUUGACUGAGGCUGCUAGUAAAGAAGAUGAAAACCAUGCUGAUGAUGAAGAUGCAGUGGAGAGGAAUACAACUAGAGAAAACACACCUGAACUUUCAGUGGGCAGUGAAGACCAAGCAGAUGGUGACAAUCCCCUGUAUCCUGGUGCACCUGUUUCAAAGGGAGAAAGUUUAUUGAUGCUCAUGUCGUAUGUGCUGCGGAACAAUUUAACAGGCAAAGCACUAACUCAUUUACUGGAAAUGUUCAACUUAAUAUUUCCAGGAAUGAUUCCGCCCUCACAUUACCGUUUCCACAAAGACUUUGGAGGUUCAUCACUGUCUGAAGUUCACUUUUAUUGUGAAAAAUGUCAAGCAUACCUUGGCAUUAGUGCACACUGUCCGUGUCAUUGUACCUUUUGCAACACAGAGUUUGAUGCAAAUAGAAGUUUAAAAAAUGGCUUCUUCUUUCUUGUAAUUCCCCUCCAUGCACAGAUUAAACAACUUCUGCAGGAACAUGAUAUCAGCCUUACUGAAAAAAACAGAUCCUCUGGUGUUUUAACUGACAUACAGUCUGGUGGAGAGUACCAGAAAUUAUGUGACAGUGGAGUUAUAGGAGAAGAUGAUUUGACACUUAUUUGGAAUUGUGAUGGCGCACCAGUUUUCAAAAGCUCGAAAUGCAGCAUUUGGCCAAUUCAGUGCCAGAUAAUUGAACUGGAACCAGAAAUAAGAAAAAGGCACAUUUUGAUGUCAGCAUUAUGGUUUGGGUCAGCUAAACCGUCAAUGAUGACAUUGUUGACACCAUUUGUUAAAGAAGUGUCAGGAUUAGAAACUGAAGGUAUUGCCUGGCAGGACAGAAGAGGACACAGUCGUGUUUCCAAAGUGUUUGCGCUGAUCUGUAGUUCUGAUUCUGUGGCUCGUCCAUUGCUUCGCAACACUAAACAGUUCAAUGGUUUUUACGGAUGUGAUUUUUGCUUGCACAGAGGUGGUAAAUCGUAUCCAUAUGAACAACCUGAACCUCCACUUAGAAAUGAGAAGGAUCAUUUUAGCCAUGCAAUGUCAGGUACAACUGCAGAGCCGGUGUAUGGAGUCAAAGGGCCAUCUCCUUUAAUGCAGCUUCAACACUUCCAAAUGAUAAAUGGCUUCAUUCCUGAAUAUCAACACAAUGUCUGCCUUGGAGUCACUCGUCAACUCGCUACACUAUGGCUUGACUCAACAAACAAAGAUUCCCCUUGGUACAUAGGCAAAGAGGUCAAUGAAGUUGACAAACGACUUUUGAAAAUAAAACCACCAGUAGAGAUUACAAGGACACCUAGGUCUCUGACUGAACGAAAGUUCUGGAAAGCUUCAGAGUGGCGAGCGUUUCUCCUAUUCUAUUCUCUGCCUGUAUUAAAAGGCCUACUCCCUGCACGAUUUUGGAACCAUUUGUUCCUACUAGUGUUUGGCAUUUAUACUUUGUUGCAGGAGACUGUAAAGACGGAAAGCAUCUUCGUUGCAGAGCUAGCUUUAAAAAAAUUUGUCAUCAUGUUCCAGAGACUGUAUGGAAAAAACAACAUGACUUUUAAUAUCCACUUGCUAACACACUCUGCUCAAAGUGUCAAACAAUGGGGACCAUUAUGGGCUACAUCAACAUUUUCAUUUGAAUCCAAUAUGGGCACUCUCAUGAAGUAUUUUAAUGGUACACAGUAUGUCCCCUCACAAAUAGUUAGAACAUUUCUGUUGUGGAGAGAAUUGCCACAAAGGGCCAAAAACACUAUCCAUCCAGAUAACAAAAAGGUUCAAUCUUUUGUUGAAGAACUUUACUUUAAUAAAAGAAAAACUGAAAAUUGUGAAAUCCUAACCGAAGGCGUCAGAGGUUUUGGUUAUCCUGUGGUGCAAAACUGCUUUAAAAUGGUCUACAGGCUUGCUAUUGGAAAGUUGUGUGGAAAUCUAAGCAACUGCUUCUGGUCUUACAACCGGUUUUUGGUCAGUGGAGUUCUGUAUCACAGUCAAAACUAUGACAGACUAAAAAAAAGAUACAACAGUGCUGUAUGCCUGAAAGAUGGAACAUUUGGUUUAAUUGUAGACUUAAUUGUUUUUAAACAAACAUGUUUCCAUCAGAUUUCUGCUUUUUGUUCAUGUGCCAAAUUAUGCUGUGUUUUAGUUGAGGUCCUUUCUAAAUCAGACAGGCCUGUAUGUAAAGAUUCACAGAUUAAU